GCACGCGCGAGUACACCUCUCGCGCGCGUACGCGAGGAACGGACUCCACCGGACAGAACUAACCCGCGAGAACCGGGGGGGGUAGCGACAUGGAGGAUAGUUACACGGUGCACAGGCGUCGCAAGGCGGCCGCCAGGAAACGCGAGAAGACGCCCGACCCUUCGUCGAGGGGCGCGUCGCGCAUGGACGCCACGGACGACGAGGACGAAGAGAGGCGCGCCCGGAUGGAGAGGAUGGCCGAGGAAGCGGAGAAGAUGGAGCAGCUGCAGGAGGACAACAGGCUGUCACAGCAGCAGGAUGCGCCGCCGAAGGAGCCGGAGAACAAGCGAGAGAAGAGGCAGGAGCCGCAGCCUGCCGCUAGGAAGAAAGAGAAGCAUUCCGCGAAUGUGGAUGAUGACAUGGUCGCUAUUCGCGCCGAAGUGGCCGCCAAGUCGUCAGCUGGGAAUAGUCCGAAGACGACACGUGAGACUGACGUUGCCGCCGCCGCGGCAGCGGCUGCCGACAGCACGCGGCCGGUAAAGCAGACGGCCGAAGACGAUGAGAAAGAAGCGACCAAGCCUGAAGUCACGCAGGUGGUCAAGGAAACGUCGGGGACGGCGAAGGAGGCGAGCAUCGCCGAGCCCGCGAAACCCAGUGAGGCCGUCCGUAAGGUGGAGAGACGCUUGAAGAAGAGGUCGAAGGAACGCGUCGAGAGGUACAGUCGAUCGACGGACUCCAGCGACAUGGACGAGAGGAGCGAGUCAGCUCGAAGAAGAACGAAGUCACCCGAGGCAUCGAGAGCCCGGCUGAAGAAGACGAGCGGGAAGAGCCGAGGCGGCAGCGACCCGGAGACUCAGAAGAGGGACCCCGAGAAGCUGAAUCGCGAGAAGAGAUCGUCGAGCGGACACAAACUGGAGGACGUCGAGCCACGAGCGAGAGAGAGCGUCGAGAAGUCGCGUCCGAGACCCUACAGUCAGACCGAAGACACGGAGUCCGAGGAGCCGAGGGUAAUGAAGAAGAGCGAGAGCUUCCCGCAGAAGUCCACCGAGGAGCGCGUCAUCAAGAGGUCCUCGACCGACUUGAAGAAACAGAUCAUCCCAUUAAGUAACGACAGUCUGAUCGAGGACUUCGCGAGGGCGCAGAGGCAGUAUCUGCUGAGGGAGCGCAGUAUCCUGGAGCCGGAGCCCGCGGACGAGUUCCAAGACGCGGCCGAAGUGAGUUUUCCGAGGAGGCGGAAGCUCAAUCUGGCGCACACCGACAGCGAAGACGUUUCAGACGAGAAGGUCCUUCAGGAAGUGGCGCAGCCCUCCGAUGCGGCCGGCGAGCAGAAGAGCUCCCAAUUGUCUUGGCUGGCCUUCUGGCGCAGGGAGAAGGUGGAUCGGAAGAACAAGGAAGACGGAGAAGACAAGGAUGUCACGGAGGAAAAGGUAGAAGAUAAACCGAAGCCCGCUUCGAAGCCCGAAGAGACGAGGGAAAUGAGGAGGCAAGAGGCCCCGGAGAAGGUCACGCUGUUGGACUUCUUCAGGGCUCUGAGGGACGUCGUCAACGAGUUCAAGGCCUUCAUGGCGCAGAACCCACGAGAGACGACGAUCAUGAGGAGGAUGCGCAAUCGCUGCGCAGCCGGGCUGAUACUGAUAAUCAUCUACUGCGGCCUCGGCGCCUUCGUCUUCCGGUUCGUCGAAGGUGCCUUCGAGACCUUCUACAAGUGCGGCGUGAAGCGCGUGAAGAGGGACUUCUUGGACAGCCUGUGGAACUACAGUCAUAAUUUGCGAGAGGACGACUGGAAGAGCAUGGCGCGCAAGAAGCUGAUGGAGUUCGAGGAGCAACUGCACACCGCCCACGAGGCUGGCGUGCACAGCUACAGCGGCCAGAAGAGUUGGAGCUUCUUGAACGCGGUCGGGUAUUGUCUCUCUGUCAUCACCACCAUCGGAUACGGACACAUCUCACCGAGCACGACCACGGGUAGAGCCAUUACGAUCGUUUACGCUAUCUUCGGUAUCCCGAUGUUCCUCAUUAUCUUGGCUGACUUCGGUAAAUUAUUUACGCGAGGUAUCAAGUUCCUGUGGGCAUUCGUGAGGAGGCUGUACUACACCGGCAGCUGCCGCAAAGUUCGUGGCACUGUACCCGUUCAGGAAGUCAUGAAGGGUGUGCAGCUCGUCUACGACCUCGCAAAGUUCCGGCGGCCCUCGCAGAUGAAUCCCGAGGACGUCGAGGAGAUGCAGAAGCAACAGGCGCAGCAACCGCAAACAGUCCUGAAUCUGGACGCGAACGCGCCGGACUCGCCGGGAACACCCGCGUUGUCGGCGUUCGCCGUCGACGACGAGUUCAAUCUGCCGAUCUCGGUGGCGAUAUUCAUCCUGCUCGGCUACAUAUUCGUAGGCGCUACCCUGUACUACAUGUGGGAGGACUGGGGCUUCUUCGAGAGCUUCUACUUCGUCUUCAUCUCCAUGAGCACCAUCGGCUUCGGCGAUUACGUGCCAAAGCACCCCAUAUACAUGAUGUGUUCGAUAGUAUACCUGGUGUUUGGCCUGGCGCUCACGUCCAUGUGCAUCAACGUCGUACAGGUGAUGCUGUCGGACUCGUUCAAGCAGGCGAGCCAGAAGAUCGGAGCCACGAUCGGCUUUGAAGUCGCCGAGGACGACAACUCGGUGAAACCCGCGGCACCGCCGCCUGUCGAGGUCGCAGACGUCCACAUGAGCAUGAAGGAGUCCGAAAGCGAAGAGAAGAUCGCGCCCAAGGCCAAGCAGGAGGACGUCGACCUGUAGAUGCAUUUCUUCCAGAAACUCUCGACCCGAUCGUUCGCUCGCUCGCUCGCUCGUUCUCUCUCUCUCUCUCUCUCUCUCUCUCGCCUGCUCAUUUCGCGAAACGCGUGCGAUCUAUCCGGCCUUAAGAGUAAGAGUCCGCUGGCUUACGCAACACGGAAGCGCACUAAUUGCCGCAGCACGCACGCAAUCAAAGCUUCGAGGUACAAAUACGCCGUCGGGCUCGUCUUUACGCGACGAGAAUCCCGCGACUCGCAACUCACAACUCACAACGUCGAAGAGAGCGGAUUUUUCGGACGGGGCUGUGUUUGCGAAUUGAUUUCGAUCGAACCAGAUAAUUUCCAGACAGCACAAAUAUCCGAAAGGCGUCUCAAAGGCGUCCGAAAGAUGUCUGAAAAAUAUAAGGCGUCCUUUGGAUGCCUUCAAACAUCUUUCCGAAAAUUGUACUGUCUGGAAAUUGAUUUCUAUUAAAGGACUCUAAACUGAUAUUACUUCAAUGGAAGCUAAUAUAAUCAGUAUUUGUGUGAAUUUUUGUUGAGAAAUCUGCCGUAAACUCAGGUACUUUCAAGACCUAUCGACCAUCUCCGAUCUCCGCGGGUGUCUCAUUGGAGGUAAAGACGGUCCGAAUCAUAUCGGCGACGUCGGCGAUGAAAACUUCUCGAGCACAAUUUUACGUCCGUCUAUCGCGUUGCAGUCGCAUCAAACGCACGCGAUUCUUUCGAAUAAAUGUACAUAUUUCCGAGACGCGUAGAAAGCGACGAUGGCGAUCUCACGCGAGACCGGGAUCUAAAUAGUGUCAGUCACAGCGACCGAUGAGUACAUAUGCGAGUCUCUUCGCCCGAAGGGACGAGAUUCAUCAACUAUUUUUGUGAAUGGUACAUCGAACGGAGAGGAAAAAGACGGUCGCCAUUUAGCAGUCGCGCUCUUGCCAAAUGCCCGCGGGCCAGAUAUAUACGUCUCGCGACUUAUUUUUCGUAGUCUAGAGUCUUUUGACAAUAAACAUAAGAAAACGCGUAUUUUGUAUAUUUUGUAAUCCACGCGAUCCGAGUAUUUUGCCCUCCGAGUCGAUGCUUAUGUAUUACGCGAUGGCACGUAAAGGGGUGCGCGAAGCGAUCGACUUUGAUGGGGCUUAUCCUCGGUCUGCAAAUUUUCAUCCUUUCUCUGCGACGAAUUAUCGUAUUAUUUCGACUUAUUAAAACUCCCGUUCGGCUCGAGAGGAAACUACGGCAAUACAACUUUCUUAUACAAGAAGUUUAUUGACGGAAAUAUGGGAUAUAUACGAGAAAAGACGGGGGAAUAUAUAUUCGAAAAAUUGUAAAGUAAUUCCUGAUUUGAAAAUGAAUUGACGAACUUAAGAUUUUACGGUGUGGCCUUCUUUGAGAUUUUUGACUUGUUUCCGUUUAUCUUUCGCAGAUACGUCAUUACUUAAUGCCGUUGUAAUAUUUAAUGGAUUAACUCAGACGGGAGAGUUGCAAUUUCCGCGACGGAGACACAAACACUCGUGCCUUUUUAAAAAUGAGAGAAAUUAGUUGUUGAACGUUUAUAGAAAUACGCAAUGAUUUCUGCGUGCGAUGAAGUUCGAUCCACAAUCGUUGCUACUUGGCAGGGAUAUUAUUUUCAUUCUACGUUAAAGAAAGCAAAGUGAAUGGCUUGGUGAAUAUGUGGCAUCUUUGCGAGUUUACUAGUCGUUGAAAAUUCACGUAAAUUGUGAAAAAAGUUAAGUGUACGUAAAUUUACUACUAUAAUAAGAUACUUAUAUUAAUACUAUUGUAAUUAUUAUUAUCGAAUUUACUUACAAAUAAAUAUAUAAGACAGUA